AGCUUUGGCACGUGCUCCGAGGAGGAGGGAGUGCACCGAGCAAGCGCACACAGGCGGCUGGCACGCGGACAGAUGUCGCCUGGCUACCCGCCCUUCCUUGGCUCCCGCUCUAGUUGGAAUGAUUGACAAGAAGACAUUCACCCAGCCAAUCACAGGGGAAGGAGACAAAUUAACAUAAAGCAGCCUGCUGCCUCUGGUUUCUUUGCGUGCUGCUGCGAACCGCCUCGCGUGCCGAAACAGCUGUGCGCAGAUUAGAACGUGCUGGUUGAAACGAUUGAAGUUAGAAGUUAAGAUUGCAAAACGAAUAUACCGUAUGCAAAUAAGCAUCUGGCUGAUUGAGCAGCGCGUGACUGACAGCCCGCGGGGGUGUUGUCCAAUCAGCAGUCUGCCCCGCGCCCAAUGGGUGAGUCCGCACGCCUAUUGGCUGCAGCGAGUGUGGGAAAGAAUGCAGAGAAGGUUUCACACGAACUCGCAGCUCGCGAGCCAGCUAUAAAUACCACUGGCGUGUGGCUGCAUGAGUCCAGGCUUGCUAGACGUGGUGUUGCGUUACGCAUACUCGUGCACACAUGACAGAUCACAGCGCGUAGGGAUAUAGCUGAUCAAGUCGACCUUUAUCUUUUCCUGUCAUCAUUGGGUCGUAGCCUAACACUUCACUCUUUCUCGAUGUUCUGAAAGAACAUAGGGAUUAUCCGACUUUGCGAAGCGGUUUCCCACAAAAUCCCAAGAAAGGAUAUUACUUCUUUUUUUUAACCAAUAUUUUGAAAAUUUAAGGAAAUAAUAUAGUGACGAUGCCAGCAGACACCAUGGAGAAACCUACGGCAUCCCCAAUAGCAGGUGCCCCUGCUUGUGGAACUCACACUCCAGACAAACCAAAAAACGCCAGUGAGCACAGAAAGUCUUCCAAACCCAUCAUGGAAAAACGUCGGCGAGCGAGGAUAAACGAAAGUCUUGGUCAACUCAAAACGCUUAUCCUAGAUGCACUUAAGAAAGACAGUUCCAGACACUCGAAAUUGGAGAAAGCUGAUAUUUUGGAGAUGACAGUGAAACACUUGCGGAAUUUGCAGCGUAUACAGAUGACUGCGCUGACAGCCGACACAGCGGUGCUCAGUAAGUACCGGGCAGGAUACAACGAGUGCAUGAACGAGGUGACCCGCUUCUUGACCAGUUGUGAAGGGGUGAACACAGAGGUCAGGUCCCGCCUUCUUACGCACCUGUCAGGCUGCUUGGGCCAGACGAUCGCCAUGAACUACCCACAGCCAUGCCCGGCGCAACAGGCUCAGCUCGCGCAGCCCCUUCACGUGCAGCUACCUCCGACGUUGCCCAUCAACGGCGUCCCUAUGCCCGGCAAACUGAGUCCCGCCGAGGCGGUGUCGCCGAAGGUCUACGGGGGGUUCCAGCUUGUGCCGGCCACAGACGGACAGUUCGCCUUCCUCAUCCCCAACCCGGCCUUCGCUUCUGCUACCACCCCCGUUAUACCCCUCUACGCGAACGCGAGUGUGCCGGUAACCGUCAACGCCAGCCCGGUCCAUGCCAACUCGGCGCCCGCAAUGACCUCGCCAGUCCAGGGCAUGACUUCGUUUGCCGGCGUUUCCCGGACCGUCAGCCCAAUGAGCGUAAACGUUGGUUCGGAGAGCAGCGAGUCGGUCUGGCGACCUUGGUAAACUAACCAGAGGGAAGUUUACAGACUUGACAAAACACUUAACUUUUUCAUUAAAAUGGAAAAAUAACCGAAACGUUCCGUUUUAAGGAACAGCGUUUCUCCUCUGGUGGAAUAGACCUAUGUUAAACGUUUUUGUUUUAAUUUAUUGGCUAAUUCCAAAAUUUGGGAUCUUAGUGAUGAAUAUGGUAUUCAUUCUUUUUGGAAAAUUAAAAAAUGUUUAUACUGAAGUUCUUUUUUUCUGAAAAGAUUUAGUUCCUUUUUACAAACAUGUCAAUGAUUGUUCCAUGCCAAAGCUGUUUUACAUUGUUAGUUUUACAUACUGUCUCCCAAGUGGGGAGUUUUGGAAUUAAUAAAUCAAAGAUAUAAAAUACAA